GGAUAUGAUUUUUGGAAGCUUCCCAAGCAAAGAAGGAGAUUCUUGGUGGUGCGCUAGCCUUCCAAAUCAUUUUUGCAGGGAAAACCGGUUUGUUCUGUCUGUUAAGGCCAGCAAUAUAAUUAUAGAAGAAGCAGCCACUAGAAGAGCCACUGUUUUCUAAAGACCAAAUCAGUUUGUCUUCGUUGUUGCUAAUUCAGAUAGUUUCCAGUAAUGGCAGUAGAUUUUCAAAUUCCUCUAAUUCCCAGUCAUUUAAAUUCCUGUAAAGCACGAUUUUUCAGACCCUACCAAUGCUGUUAUCAAAAGCUUGCUCAAUGCACAAUGCUUAUAAAUUAACAUGCUAUUUCUUUUCCUUUACCCUCAACCCCCCACCCCUCAAAAAAAGAAGAUUCUGGUCAUAGACUUGGUAAAUGAUUCAUUAAUUCUUGCAUCUUUAUCCAGCAUUUGAAAAUUAGAAAAUUGUUUUCAAGUUCUAAAGAAAUCUACCAGGGAAGGCUGCUUAAUAGCUCUAUGCUGUUAAUAGUCCUUAUCAGAUAUUUUGUUUUUUCACUUAUACUUGCUUAUUAUGAUUUUGCAGCGGCUAUACAAUGUUUGAAGAGGAAGAGGCUUUACGAACAACAAAUUGAACAGCUUGGAAAUUUUCAGCUGCGAAUUCAUGAUCAAAUGAUAAUGCUAGAAGGUGCCAAAGCAACUACAGAAACUGUGGAUGCAUUGAGAACUGGAGCAGCUGCAAUGAAGGCAAUGCAGAAAGCAACGAACAUCGAUGAUGUUGACAAGACUAUGGAUGAGAUAAAUGAGCAGACUGAGAACAUGAAACAGAUCCAGGAAGCUUUAUCAACUCCCAUUGGAGCUGCAGCUGAUUUUGAUGAGGUAUUAAUUUUAGUUUUCUGGUAUACAUAUAAUUCUGGGACUUGGUUGGCUGAUUGAUGUCUUAAUAAUGAGGUACCUCGGCUGUAGUGAUUGUUAUAGUUGUUGGUUCACCAUGAACUCACAUAGUAGACAUUCAGUAGAGUUACUAUUACUUUUCGUGGAAGUGGUAUGACUUUCUAUUGCUUAAAAACAAGUAACAUCCAAUUAGUAUUUCGGGUUCAGGCGUACUCGAAUUUCCUUGCUCAAGUUUGUUCCAGUUUCAAUGUGGAAAUACCAAAUUUUAUUUAGGGUUGCGACAAUUUACCUAUAGCUAUAUGAAUUUUUGGUAUAAUCUUGAAUAUAGUAUUUUAUAAUUAAUUAAGUGGGAGAUAGAAAUAGAUGGCAUCUUUAGCAAUCUAGGUAACUUGCAAGCUUGGUGAAGGGGGGGAAUGAAGAAGGAAAAAGAGGCCAUUCAUCCAUGAACACGAAUAAAUAGAUAAGAGGAAGACUAGUGUAUCA